AUGACUAGGAGGUCCAACAAGGACAACCUAGUUGAACAUCCAGAGAUAGACAAGCUUGAGAAGCAACUUAGGAAGCAGAAAGCCCAAGAGAUGGCCGACGAAGCAGCUCGCGCUCACGCCGCUGAAGUGGCGCGCGCUCAAGAAGAAGGAAGAGAUCCACCUCCUCCUCCUCCUAAUCCACAAGACCCUGCUGGAGAUAACCAAUUCAAUGGACUUCCAGCUGAGCACCCUCUUGAUCACAUAGAAAACUUUGAAGAAAUUUGCAGCACUACAAGAUCCAAUGGAGUCUCUGCUGACUACCUUAAGUGCAAGCUCUUUUCAUUCUCUCUUGGCGACAAAGCUUCAAGAUGGUUGAAGUCUCUGCCAGCUCACUCCAUCACCACUUGGGAUGAGUACAAGGCUGCAUUCAUCAACCACUUCUACACCAAACAGAGAUCAAUUUCUGUGAGGAACAAGAUCUCCAACUUUCGCCAAGCCAACAAUGAAUCUUUCUAUGAGGCGCUAGAUCGAUUCAAGGAGUACAUUAGGGACUGCCCUAAUCAUGGUUUCAAUGAGGGAAACCUAUGGAACAUCUUCUAUCGUGGCAUAGACCACAAGUACAAGCUUUCAUUGGACACUGCAAGCAAUGGAAACUUCAUGACCAAGACUGUUGAUGAAGCUAAGGUUCUUAUUGAGAAUCUUGCAGCUAGUGAUUGUAACAACUGUCCUGAUUAUGACCGCUCAAGCCGCACCACUACUAGCUCCCCUGAUUCUUUUCAAAUGACUGAACUCAAGAACAUGAUGGCUCAAGUUCUUAAGGGACAGCUCAAGCAUAUCAAUGCAAUAGAAGGGAUGAGUGAUGCUAAUGAAGACAUCAAGAGAAUGCAUGGGAGAUUUCUCUAA